AUGGCUUUCCUUCGCCCAGCUUUCCUGGUUCUCCUAUUCGCUCUCUCCGUUUCUGCCGGGCGCUCGGAGCCCCCCAAAAAGCCCUACCUUGUUCAGGGGGGGGGUCGCAUCGGCCAGGGGGUGAUCGUCAAGGCUGCUGAAGCUAGGCCCCUGCCGAUCCCCUACCCCCCUUACGUAGUGGGGGGGGUCCCCACUCCCUUCGAGGAGCUGUUUGAGAAGGUGGUCAAGGCCCUGGUGGCAAAAGGGAAAUUCACCAUUCUGAUCGAGAUCAUCACUAAGUAUAUCGACACCAAGGCUCUUCUCGUCUUGGUGGAGAAGGCCGGCCCGGCGACCCUGUUCGCGCCCACCGACGAGGCCUUCUCCAAGAUCCCAUACGAGAUCCUGGAGGGACUCAAGGAGCGCCCCGAGAUCCUGAUCAAGCUCAUCGCGUAUCACUUCGUCAAGGGCGUAUUCCCCGCGAAGGAGCUUCUUUCCCGCCCCAAGACCGCCCUCAAAUCCAUCCUCGAGAUCGAUAUUACGGAGAUUGAUAUCACCAUCAAGAAGGCCGUCGUCCUAGUUGGCGUCGGCAAGGUCCUGGCCAAGGUGACGGAGGCUGAUGUCAUCGUUGUGGAGGAGAAAGUGGUGGUGCACGCCAUCGACUUCGUCAUCGCGCCGCCCAACUUCGUCAUCUUUGCGGCUGCCGUCAAGAAGGAGGUUGUCGUGGUCAAGAAACCCGGCUAUAACAAUUAG